AUGGAUACUGCCAAGCUCAUUGCCGAGAAUACUGAGCUUAAAGAUAGAGUCACGAAAUUGGAACGGAAGCAGACUCAGACUAUUAGUUCGGAAAUAUCUAAAUUAGAGCAAGAUGUCGAGUGUGAUAAAAAUGAAAUCGUAGAGCAGGGUUUGAUAGAAGAAUUGCAUUUAUCUACUGAUAAGCAAUGCCUCAUUGAUUCCACUGUUGAUUCUGCUAUAGGUAAUACCAACUCUACAGAAAAUAAAGGUCCAGCUCAGCAUCUAUCUUAUUUAUUUAAAACGGCAAUCAAAUCUCGACAACAGGAAAUCUUAAACUGGUAUUAUUAUUCCCUUGAAUUCGAAAACAGGGUUUAUGUUAUUACAGCUGAUGAUAAGAUCAAAGACAAAACAGCAAGAACGAUGAUUUAUAAAGAAAUGAAACCGUUUCUUCCUAAUAUCACUCAAGAUAACUUGCGUGAAAAAACUCUUAGAGUUAGAAAACUUCUUAUGCUAUUCGGAGAAAAUGGUGUCGGAAUAGAUAAAAUUAAGCUGAUUACAUAUAGUGCGAAUGAGAUUUCAAAAUUGACUAAUGUACAAAUUCAGAAUAUUAUAGAUCAAGUGAAAUCAAAAACCGUUCUCCCGGGGAACGAUCAAGUUUUACCAGAAACAAAGGUAAGUAUUACAACCACUUCCUCUAAUUCGAUAAGUGAAGAGAUUAAUCGAGAUUCUGAUCCAUCAGAAAUCAAGAUACAG